UGGGGGGCUGGCAGAGAGCGGCGGGACACCCCCGGGGCCACCCCACCAUGGUGCUGCUGCUGCUGCUGGCGCUGGGCGCCCGGGGGGCAGCCGCCUUCAUGGUGCACAUGGGCAGCUCCUGCUCGCUGGCAGCCAAUGGCUCUGCCACCGACUUCGCGUUCAGCCUGGUGUUCAACAAGAAGCCGCUGGUUUGCUACGAGCCCCACGCCCGGCGCUUCGUGGCCUGUGACUAUGGGCUGCUCCAGGCCGUGGCCGCUCAGUUGGCCGCCGGCCUCAACAACGGCAGCGCCUGGAUCCAGCGCGCCCAGAGCCGGCAGCGCGCCUGCGCCCAGCUGGGCACCCGCUUCUGGGCCAGCACCGCGCUCAGGAGCACCUCCCCCCGCGCCCGCAUCGUCCCCUGGCCGUCGGACACCUCCAUCCUCCUCACCUGCCACGUCUGGGGCUUCUACCCACCCGAGCUCACGGUGCUUUGGCUGCACAACGGCGCCGUGCUGGAGCCCGAGGCCCCUUCCUCCGUCUCGGCCGUCCCCAACGGCGACGGCACCUACCAGACGCGGGUGGCCCUGCGGCUCGUGGCCCCGCGGGCCGGCGACACCUUCACGUGCGCCGUGCAGCACCAGAGCCUGGCCCAGCCCCUGCUGGAGGACUGGAGUCCUGGUUUGUCGCCGGGGCUGGCGCUGAAGGUGGCGGCGGCCGCGGUGCUCAUGGCGCUGGGACUCGGCUCGUUCAUCGCCGGCUUCUGCCGCUACCGGGCCAGGCCGGCGGCACCGGGUUACACUCCCCUCCCUGGAGACAACUACCCCGCAGGCAGCACCUGAGGACCCCCAGGAUGGUGCCAUCCCAGCCCCGAUGGUUGCCCACAGCGUCACCCCGGCGGUGCCGCGGAGGCGCCGGCAAUAAAGAUGCUGCAGGGUGG